AUGUACGGUAACGAAGAAGUUGACUAUGGUGAUGAUGACAGUAUUUCAUCCUCUUGGGAUGAUACUGCUCAAUCGUCGGACACUCAUCUCUUUCAUGGUGCAUCAUCCGAGAAAGAGAAAGAGAGUGAUAUGGUUGAAACCAAUACUGGCACUCAUGGUGACGACCUUGCUUUCAUGAAGAAUAUUCGUGCUGCUGCGCAGAUGGUUACUCGAGCUUCUGGUGAUAUCGAUUAUACUGGUAGGAACCCUGUUGACACGCUUCAAAGGGUCCUGGGUGUGAAUAUGGGGAACCCCAUAUAUAAAUGUAUGGCUUUCAGAUGCCCUAAGGGCAAAGAUCUUGGCUCUUCAGUAUUUGCUUGGGCUCGAUCUUGGAAUGUACAAACCCACCCUGAUGGCCAUGACUACACUAUGGUUGAACGUGGGAAGCCCCGUUCAUGGGAUUACCCAAGGGUGUGGGAUAAGAUUUGUCAGGCCACGACAAAUUGUCAACUUGAUCCUGCUCCUUUGCAACUGUUGGCUCUGUGCCUGGUCGCUCCGAGGGCCAUCAGUGACCAAAUCGCCAAUGGUGCUCUCAAGGACCUGAAGGAUCACCAGACCUCUGACCUGCCAACUAACUCUUGUUUGUUAGCUUGGCAGGAUGUCAACAAUAAGUCAUCUCCGAGUGAGAUUGCUGAUGCCUUCUCGAAGUUCAUUGAGGGUUGCCGUCGUAUGGUAAAGCAAGCUAGAGAUGAUAUGGUUAUCUUGAGUACGGCCGAGCGACCACAUAAGUACAAUCCCAUCCUACUUCUACGUGAAUAUGUCGGCCUUCCUGGCAAAGUCAAAGAACAACCCCAACCAUGGAGUCGAGUCUUUGCUCGUGAGAAAAAGAUCAUCGAGAAGAUCGCUGAACACUCGGACGGUACUGAGAUUAAUUGGUCCAUGCGACGCCUUCUUUAUGUUGAGCUCAUUGCUUCGAGCAAACGCUGGCAAUUGAAACGAGAAUCACUGAUGGGUUGUAUGGAGCGCAUCCGUACCAGUAAGUGUCCCGAAGAUGUGAUGGAGAUAUUAACGGAAACUGCCUAUGAGGCAAAGUUCACUAGCAUUGAUACUCUCCUGUACUUGAAAAGAUCUAGUGGAGGUCCCUUAGAUACGGCUACGGGAAAAUCGACCAAUUCACGUGUGCAGGCCAACGUGCACACAACCUUGUGCGUCACCUUCACGCACAAGUCACUGCAACCUGACGAUGUGGUCAUCCUUCCCAGAUGA